UGGCCUGGCACAAGCGUCGUGGUGACGUCACCGCCACUUAGUGGCGAAUGGCUGUUGUUGUGUAGGUGUGUGCGCGUGUGUGUGUAUAUAUAUGUGUGUGUGCGUGCGUGUGUGGGCCUUGGGGAGCGGUCAGCGCUGCACUACGCGACGACCCGCCAGAGGUCCCGAGUUCGAUUCCCGCUUGUGACCAACAACAUUGACGGCGAGUGUCUGAAACCGGUCCUGGGCCCUCCCCUAGGUCGACUCAGCCUCACGAGCGAGUACGUGAGUGCAACAAACAUCAGCACCGGCGGGCGGGGCGGGAGACAAAGGCGGCCGGGUUUGGUGCUGGCCACUCCCCGUCGCGCGUGUGCCGUGCCGGCCUUCUCAAUAGGUGCUCGCCAACAGCACUCGCCCCAACAGCCUGUCGCGAAGGCUGCACGGGGUGGUGGCUUUGUCUUUGUGUAUAUAGACAUACAGUAUGUAUAACCAGCCUGUGAACAUUGAAUAUCGUCAUAACCCCGAUCGACUUCACUCGGGCUCAUGACGGGAAGGGGAUCCGUGGUGUCGACAGAGAGGGAAGCCACGUGGUGCCACUACAUCCCACGUGGUGCCACGACAUCCCACGUGGUGCCACGACAUCCCACGUGGUGCCACUACAUCCCACGUGGUGCCACUACAUCCCACGUGGUGCCACGACAUCCCACGUGGUGCCACUACAUCCCACGUGGUGCCACUACAUCCCACGUGGUGCCACUACAUCCCACGUGGUGCCACUACAUCCCACGUGGUGCCACUACAUCCCACGUGGUGCCACGACAUCCCACGUGGUGCCACUACAUCCCACGUGGUGCCACUACAACCCACGUGGUGCCACUACAACCCACGUGGCGCCACUACAUCCCACGUGGUGCCACUACAUCCAACGUGGUGCCACUACAUCCCACGUGGUUCCACUACAUCCCACGUGGUGCCACUACAUCCCACGUGGUGCCACUACAUCCCACGUGGUGCCACUACAUCCCACGUGGUGCCACUACAUCUCACGUGGUUCCACUACAUACCACGUGGUUCCACGACAUCCCAUGUGGUGCUACUACAUCCCACGUGGUGCCACUACAUCCUACGUGGUGCCACUACAUCCCACAUGGUGCCACUACAUCCCACGUGGUCCCACUACAUCCCACGUGGUGCCAGUACAUCACACGUGGUGCCAGUACAUCACACGUGGUUCCACUACAUCACACGUGGUUCCACUACAUCCCACGUGGUUCCACUACAUCCCACGUGGUUCUACUACAUCCCACGUGGUUCCACUACAUCCCACGUGGUGCCACGACAUCACACGUGGUGCCACGACAUCCCACGUGGUGCCACUACAUCCCACGUGGUGCCACUACAUCCCACGUGGUGUCACUACAUCCCACGUGGUUCCACUACAUCCCACGUGAUGCCACUACAUCCCACGUGAUGCCACUACAUCCCACGUGGUUCCACUACAUCCCACGUGAUUCCACGACAUCGCACGUGGCCCAGCAUCGUCGUCAGCAUCGUCAUCAGCAGCAUCGUUCAGCUCGGACUCUUUACGUCGAUCAGUUCCAAGGUGUGGCUUGACCACAGCGUGCUAAGGCCACUCUGAGUGUGUGACAGCUCACAACACCUCGCUGCUGCUGCUGCUGUCGUCAAGGACUGUAAACCAUCACCGCGCCAACCCCUCGGUCAUCCUCGCAGCAGCGGAGGCUUUUGGCUCGGCCACCGAACAAGACGGUGGUCACCGCGUCAUCGCGCGGCGCUUUCAGAUCCACUUCUGCGGCCGUCUGGAACGCUCUUGCUUCCGAUAUUAGAAAUCCACUGGGAGCGAUGAUGCACUUUUGACAAACUCACUUCUUGAGAACCGCUUCUUGUUGUUGUUGUGCUUAGUUUGUUGUCCUUCCCCCGCACCUCCGAUGAGCAUCGUUGGCUACGUACGGCGCAAAAGACGUUCAACGUACACACAGACUGUUACAUGAGCCCCAGUUGCUGCUGCUGCUGCUGAUGAUGACGAUGAUGAUUGAUUACGAUUCAUGAUAUAAAUCACACGAUGGUGACGACGAUGAUGGCGGUGGUCUAUGACGCCACGCACGUAGCUCUUGAGUGCGGGUUCUGGUUGUCGACGUUCUGGCCACCGCGUGCGAUGAGUAACACGAUGGCCGCCGUGACGACGAAGGUGGUCUUGUGACGUCACUAAUCACGUGGCUCUCGAAUGGGAACCCCUCGUGAGCCGGGUUCUGGUUGUCGACGUUCUGGCCACCGCGUGCGAUGAGUAACACGAUGGCCGCCGUGACGACGAAGGUGGUCUUGUGACGUCACUAAUCACGUGGCUCUCGAAUGGGAACCCCUCGUGAGCCGGGUUCUGGUUGUCGACGUUCUGGCCACCGCGUGCGAUGAGUAACACGAUGGCCGCCGUGACGACGACGGUGGUCUUGUGACGUCACUAAUCACGUGGCUCUCGAUUGGGAACCCUUCGUGUGCCGGGUUCUGGUUGUCGACGUUCUGGCCACCGCGUGCUGGGCUGGCUGCGGGCCAGAAGCCUCGGUGUGGUCAUUGCCCGUGCAGUGCACCACGUGACGCCUGUCCACCCCUCACCACCCCUCACCACCCCUCACCCCCCCCCACCCCACCCCCGCCCCCACCCCCGCCUUGCUUACCUUCUUUUGUGACGGUGUUGAUCAUCAACUUACGUAUCAUAGUAAUAAUAAUAAUAACUUUAACACAAAAAAAAGAUUGAAAAAAAACCCCCACUUUACCGUAGUCGUAAUAAUAAGAUUUAUUAUUAACUUUAAAACCACGUGCACAUAUCACGGAAUAUUAUAUUUAUUUAUUUUUUGAGAUAUUAAAUGUGAUGAUCUGGGUGA